CCAAUUUAAUUUUUGCUUUUAAUCUUCUUUUUUUAUUUUUUAUUUUUUUUCCACAUUACCGAGAACGACAUCGGAGACUUGAGAGGCGGCGACGAGCUUCACCGGCGCUGGUUCACGGCGGCCCUCUCAAUCUCCAUUAUUCUCGGUUGAAUAAUAAAAAGCUUCAAAAAAAAAAAGAACAAAAAUUCGAAAAAAACCACGAGAAAAUAUAUUAAUUUUGGUUUCCUUUUUUUAUUUUUUUUUCCAUAUUUUGAUUUUUUAAAUCAGAUCUUAUGAUUCAUUGUUCUUCGUUCUUCUCGUGGCGGUUUGUGAAUUGUUGAUGCGACGAUCGCAUGCCCGUUCUAGGGUGAAGAGUAGUACUAAAUCAGAUAUGGAUCCGAUUAAGUUCCAGAUCCGUUCUGGGAACCACCGAGCAUCGUCUUCUUCCUCGACCUACACGUUUACGAAACCUAAUUCGAAACACGCGAAAUCGAAUCUCAUGUUAACAAUUGCUUCUGUAUCUGUACUGUUGGGGUUUCUCUUUCUUUGUUACUCAAUUUUGUUCUCCGGCGGUAAUCGUUUAGGAUCGCUUCGUUACAGCGUCGUGAUCGACGGAGGAAGUACAGGGACGAGAGUACAUGUGUUUGGGUACCGGGUUGAGUCGGGUAAACCCGUUUUUGAAUUUAGAGGAGCGAAUUAUGCUAGUUUGAAGUUGCAUCCGGGUUUGUCGGCGUUUGCUGAUGAUCCUGAUGGGGCGAGCGUGUCGUUGACGGAGCUGGUUGAGUUUGCGAAAGGGAAGGUUCCUAAAGGUGUGUGGAUGGAGACUGAAGUAAGGUUAAUGGCGACGGCGGGAAUGAGAUUGCUUGAGUUACCUGUUCAGGAAAAGAUUCUGAGAGUUACCAGAAGAGUUCUUAAAUCUUCUGGGUUCUUGUUUCGAGAUGAAUGGGCUUCUGUUAUCUCUGGAUCUGACGAAGGUGUAUAUGCUUGGGUUGUUGCAAACUUUGCUCUCGGUUCACUUGGAGGUGAUCCUCUUAAAACAACCGGAAUUGUUGAACUUGGCGGGGCUUCUGCACAGGUGACAUUUGUGUCAAAUGAGCCAAUGCCUGCUGAAUUCUCACGUACAAUAUCAUUUGGAAAUGUUUCAUACAAUCUCUACAGUCACAGCUUCCUUCAUUUUGGGCAGAAUGCUGCUCAUGAUAAGUUAUGGGGUUCGCUUCUCUCAAGAGACCAUAAUUCAGCUGUUGAACCUACACGGAAAAGAAUAUUUUCAGACCCUUGUGCUCCAAAAGGGUACAGCCUCGACACAAACACACAGAAGCAUUUAUCUGGACUUUUAGCUUUGGAAAGCGGAUUCUCAGAUUCUUUUCAUGCUGGGGGUAAUUACUCAGAGUGUCGAUCCGCUGCACUAACAAUCUUGCAAGAAGGAAAUGAGAAAUGCACGUAUCAGCAUUGUUCUAUUGGAUCAGCUUUCACGCCUAAGCUACAGGGAAAAUUUUUAGCUACAGAAAAUUUCUUUCACACCUCUAAGUUUUUCGGGUUGGGAGAAAAAGCGUGGUUGUCGAAUAUGAUUUCAGCUGGAGAGAGAUUCUGUGGUGAAGAUUGGUCGAAAUUGAGAGUAAAAGACCCGUCACUCAGAGACGAGGAUCUUCUACGGUAUUGUUUCUCAUCAGCAUAUAUUGUGUCAUUGCUUCAUGAUACUUUGGGUAUUCCUCUUGAUGAUGAAAGAAUCGAGUUUGCGAUUCAAGCAGGAGAUAUACCCCUCGAUUGGGCUUUAGGUGCAUUUAUUCUACAGACUGCAACAGAGACAUCUCAACAUGCAGCCAUUAGUAAUCACCAUUGGUUCUAUGAUCUGUUCAGUAAUGACUCGAAGACGCUUCGCUAUGUCAUCGGGAUACCGAUACUUUUGACAGUUUUGGUAUAUCUGGUAUCUAAGUGGAGAAAACCGAAGCUGAAAACAAUUUACGACCUUGAGAAAGGCCGGUACAUAGUCACCCGGAUUAGAUGAUCUUGGUUUUAAAACUGUUUUUGUGCCUCUCAAAGAGCUUGUGAUUGUGAAGUUUCUUCAUCUUCUCUAGUGAUCAAGGGAGCAGCAUCUGAGUGAUUUAUAUGAUCAACGGCUUAGAAAUUUUCUAAUUUGCUUGGAAGCAUUGGGGGGUAAGUAGUAGAGUAAAUACAUGGGGGUGGGAUGCGUAAUUUCGAUUGUUUUAGAAGGGAUGCAACGAGUCUGUUUAGAUAUUACUUUACCACCAUGUGUGUUAUCAAAAAUAUAAUUAAAAUUCGAUAAUAUAAGAUUUCCUUUUUAUACA